GCCGUGACCGCGCCGCCCGCGCCGCCCGCACCACCGGCGCCGAGUCGCAAGCACUGACUGGGCUGGAGGCAUCACUCGCAAUGAACUGGAAUGAUCCCUGUCGGCAUGACGUGUGUUGACAAUUGCGCCACCUCAACACCUCGAUGAACAACUCGGCGUCUUGUACUUUCACCAUGUCCAAACGUUCCCACCACGAUGACCACACGCUCAGCCCGGCCCCCAAACGCGCCCGGCAGCUCGAUGCAGCCGCAGCCCUCGCCCCGUCGCUCGACACUUGGCUCAAGCCGUCCUCGCCCGUGCCCCAACCACUGUUAGCAUGCAGUCCACCCCUUCACGCCUCAUCAUCAACCUUCAUCUCCCUUGCGCUUUCCUUCGUGCCCCCCUCCUCCGUCCGCACCGCCGAAUCCCUGCGAAAAGAAGCAUUGCGUGCUGUCCACGCGCUCGACGUCGUGCGCCUCGUGGGCGCCGACCUGCUUGCCUCGAACGAAGGCUGCUUUGCACAUGGAGAAGGCCGUGCCACGUCCCGACGCGGCGCCGAGCGCGCCCGCGACCCCGACCAUAAGAUGUGGGCCGUGCGCACCCUCGCCCUCGCCGAAGGGCGGGACGGGACGCGGGGCGAUGGUGAUUAUCAACUUCUUGAGACUAGCGACGACGACGGAGAACGCUUCGGCGGCGAGCGGGUGCUACGAACGCUGCGCGAAACGGGUGCUGUAGACGUCCUCUGUGUCGUCUGCCGCUGGUUCGGCGGUGACAUGCUUGGCCCCGCGCGGUUCACGCUCAUCGCAACGGUCGCGCAUACGAGCAGCAAGGAGCUGGUCGCGAUGCUUGCGCGGCGCGAGUUGCGAACCGCAAUCAGCGCGCUGGACGCCGAGAUCGUCGAGAUGCGGGCCACUAUUGUACGAGGCGAGGGAAAGGAGACGGCGCAAGAAGGGGAGGGGAAGACAGCCGUGCCAACCUACGACGACAUAGACGACGUGUCCCGUCUCCAGCGUCUGCUGCGCGCGCGGGAGAUGACACAGAAGAGCCUCGAGAAGCGCGUGGGGUGGGCCGCCCUCGAGAUUGCGCGGGUACAAGCCGAGGCCGAGGCGCUCGCGCGGGAGGCUGAGGAAUAGAUGCAUGAGAGUCAGAUCCAAAGAUAAUGACGAUAUCAAAUACAAUACCUAUUGCUGAUUACCAUAAGGUUUAUUGCCCACCUGCAACGCACGCAUGCAAGCAUGUAUAUAAUGUGCUACACACACUGCAUGCAUGCAUGUAGAUAAUGC